GGCUUCUUCCGGCGGAGCCAGCAGAGCAGCCUGAGCUACGCGUGCAGCCGCCAGCAGAACUGCCCCAUCGACCGGGCGAGCCGCAACCGCUGCCAGCACUGCCGCCUCCAGAAGUGCCUGCGCCUCGGCAUGUCGCGGGACGCCGUCAAGUUCGGGCGCAUGUCCAAGAAGCAGCGGGACCGGCUGCACGCCGAGGUGCAGCAGCAGCUGGAGCAGCGGGAGCGGGAGCAGGGCGCCGAGCCGGGUGCCGCCGCCGCCGCCGCCUUCGCCCUGGGGCUCGCCGGCGGGCCGCUGGCCCUGGGACGCCGGGGCCACCCGCCGGUCCCCUCGGCCGCCCACGGCCGCUUGGGCGAGGCGCUGCGUCCCCUCGCCCGGCACGGCAGCCCCGAGGCCGGCAAGGCGGAGAGCAGAGCGGGCGCCUUGGGUGGCCUCGAGCCCCGGCCGGCGCUUGAGCCCCAGCUGGAGCCGGGCCGGGCGGCCGGGGCCAAGCGGGGCCCCGAGGGACCCGGGGACGUCCUCGACUCCUACACCGGCGUCUGCAGCCUCCUGGAGCCCCCCAGCACUUCCGUUGUGGACAUCGAGCGUCUCACCCAGAACGUCCUCAAGUCGCACCGGGAGACGUGCCAGCUCCGCGCCGAGGACCUGCAGCUCCGGCGCUGGGAGACCUUCUCCCGCGACGAGGUCAGCACCUACCAGAAGAAGUCCACGGAGGAGAUGUGGGAGCGCUGCGCCUGCCGCAUCACCGAGGCCAUCCAGCACGUGGUGGAGUUCGCCAAGCGCAUGGGCGGCUUCAUGGAGCUCUGCCAGAACGACCAGAUCGUCCUGCUCAAGGCGGGUGCCAUGGAGGUGGUGCUGGUGAGGAUGUGCCGGGCCUUCAACUCGGACAACCGGACCGUCUUCUUCGAGGGCAAAUUCGCCGGGCCGGAGCUCUUCAAGUCCCUGGGCUGCCCCGAGCUCGUCGGCUCCAUCUUCGACUUUGCGCACGGCCUCUGCUCGCUGCACUUCUCCGAGAGCGAGGUGGCCCUCUUCACCGCCCUCGUCCUCAUCAACGCCGGCCGCCCCUGGCUGCAGGAGCGGGCCAAGGUGGCCCGGCUGCAGGCAGACCUGGAAGUCGCCUUCCGCCUCCUGCUCCGCAAGACCCACCGCGAGGGCAUCCUGGCCAAGCUGCCGCCCAAGGGGCGCCUGCGGGCGCUGUGCUCGCAGCACGUGGAGGAGCUGCAGGCCUUCCGGCGCCUGCACCCGGGGGGGCUCCACGCCGCCUUCCCCCCCCUCUACAAGGAGCUCUUCGCCUCCGAGGUGGAGCCCCCCGGCGCCCUCUGAGCCGGCACCGCCCGGGCGCCCGGACGCCUGGGUCCUCGCCCGGCCCUGCCCCCCCUCCCCCUGCCCGGGGCUGGGGGCGCGGGGGGGCUCCAGCCCCGGGGGGUGCUGUGUCAGCCGGCGGGCUGCUUCACCUGGGGGGGCUCCAACAAGCGAGGGUGCUGCGUCACCCGGAGAGGCUCCAACACUCAGGGGUGCUCCAACACCCAGAGGUCCUCCAACACCCAGGGGUGCUGUGUCACCCGGGAGGGCUGCUUCACCUGGGGGGGCUCCAACAAGCGAGGGUGCUGCGUCACCCGGAGAGGCUCCAACACCCAGAGGUCCUCCAACACCCGGGGGUGCUGUGUCACCCGGGGGGCUGCUUCACCCGGAGAGGCUCCAACACUCAGGGGUGCUCCAACACCCAGAGGUCCUCCAACACCCGGGGGUGCUGUGUCACCCGGGGGGGCUGCGUCACCCGGAGAGGCUCCAACACUCAGGGGUGCUCCAACACCCGGAGGUCCUCCAACACCCAGGGGUGCUGUGUCACCCGGGGGCGCUGCGUCACCCGGAGAGGCUCCAACACUCAGGGGUGCUCCAACACCCGGAGGUCCUCCAACACCUGGGGGUUCUGUGUCACCCGGGGGAGCUGCUUCACCUGCGGGUGCUCCAACAAGCGAGGGUGCUGCGUCACCCAGAGAGG